GAAGUAAAGCUCGCUAGAUAAUAACAAAAUGCGGAGUUUGCUGGUCCUGAGUGCACUGGUGGCGGCUGCCUUUGCGGCAGAAAGCGAAACGGUGAAGCCAACGCCGUUCCAGUUCGUCACCACGACGCCACGUUACUACGCGUCGUCAACAGCGUCCGUUGGCGCGUACGACCCUAACCGCUUCUUCAACGGUUACAACGGCGGCAGAUACAACAACUUCGGCAGAUACACGCCUAACAGAUACGACGGCCGCUACAACCCUGGAUACAACGCGGGACGCUACGACAAUUCUGGCCGUUACGUCGCUGGAAACACCGGAGCUUACAACCUUGGUGGUUACUACAAUCCAACAACGUUUGGCCAAAGCUUCGUAAACAAGCCCGACAACAGCGGCAAAUACACGCCCGACAACACUGGCUCUUACAAUGGUGAUCGCGGCACAGCAGGCGGUGCAUACGUCGCCCAAAAGGAGCCAGUUGCACCAGUUGCGGCUGUGAGCACGGCAACAGCCAGCCCAGUGCUUUCCGUAACCAUUCUUCCUGAGUCUAGCCCCGUCCCCAGCCUUGUCCUUAGCGCUUCUCCGAGCAGCGAAACCGCUGCUCCCAGCGAAGCACCAGUGGCUUCUCCCAGUGAAGCCCCUGUUGUCUCUUCCAGCGAAACAUCUGCUCCAGUACCAAGCGAAGUUUCCGUUCCAAGUGAAGUGCCAGUAGCUGUUGUCGCUCUUAACGAUGCCGCUGAUGUUUCUCCUAGCGAAGUACCGGUCGCUAGUCCCAGCGAAGCCCCAGCGGCGUCACCUAGCGAAGUUCCAGUAGCGACACCUAGCGAAGUUCCAGUGGCUUCACCCAGCGAAGCCCCAGUGGUUUCACCUAGCGAAGCCCCAGCUCCAGCUCCUAGCGCCGUCCCAGCUCCAGUCUCUAGCUCAGCCCCAGCUCCAGCUCCAAGCGCAGCCCCAGCUCCUUUAGUUUUCUUCAGCUCUACUGCUAGUCCUGUUUCCCCAAGCUUCGCGCCCGUCUUUGUCCCGAGUCCCACACCCACUUACGUAUACAAACCUGUCCAACCAGUUGCACCAGUGGUGGCAACUUUAGGUGAUGGCCGUUACAAUUACAACUUUGGUAUUCUCCGCCAAGAGACCGAAGUACUUCCUGACGGUUACCACUACCUUUAUGAGACUGAUAACAAAAUCCUAGCUGAGGAAGUUGGAAAACUGGAAAGAAUCGACAACGAGAACAGUGGAAUCAGGGCUAAGGGUUUCUACGAAUACGUCGGCCCUGAUGGUGUUACUUACAGAGUAGAUUACACUGCUGAUGAGAACGGCUUCGUUCCAGUUGGUGCUCAUUUACCCCAAUAAACUAGUUACCAUAUAAAUAUUUAGAAUAAAGUAUUUACAAACAGUCAUUCUUCAUGUUUAAAACCUACUAUAACGCGUGCGUGCAUUUAAAAUGUAAAUAAAAUAAUC